GCCCUGAAAAGGGCAGUCGUCUUCAACAGGGAGUACCCCAAAUUGUAGUGCUGAUGACCAGUAGAAGAUCCAGUGACAGUGUCAAUGAACCUGCAAGAGCUUUGCAACAAAUGGGGGUACUAACCAUAGCUAUCGGUUCCAAGGCUGCAGUGAAGGAGGAACUGACGCAAAUUGCCUUCCCUCAAAAUUUUGUGUAUGAGCUAAGGGACUUCCGUAUGCUGCUUCGGCAGCCCGCGGAAAUUAUUGAUGCACUUUCAACUCUAGCUGGGGUGGUGGUGACUGAAGUACCCACUGAGACAGUGGAGAUUACUACGGUACAGACGCAAAAAGUGCUCAGAGACAUUGUCUUCCUUGUGGACGGCUCAGAUUACGUUGGCAGCGGUAACCUACCCUAUGUGCGGGAGUUCAUUACCAACGUGAUCAACCAGCUGGAUGUGCGUCCCGACAGAGUCCAGAUUGGCCUCAUGCAGUUUGCCGAGCAGCCAAAAACUGAAUUCUAUUUGAACAGCUACCGUACCCGACAAGAGGUUUUGGACAGAAUCUCCCAACUCUGGCUGACUGGCGGCUCUGUGUUGAAUACAGGAGCAGCCAUGAACUAUGCCCUUUCCCACAUGUUCCAGCCAUCAACUGGGUCACGCAGGAAACAGGGAGUCCAACAAGUGUUGGUUCUCGUCACAGGUGGUCCAUCUGCAGAUCCGGUUAAAAUCAUUGCAGACAAACUGGCUGUAGCAGGUGUUCUGACCUUCACUGUCAGUUCUGGACAGGCAGAUGAUGCUUUACUGAGAACAGUAGCAUUUGUUCCAGAGUUGGCUUAUCAUGAAAGAAGCUUCUCCAACAUACCAUAUAUCUGAUCAAAUCUUUCACCCAUUGAUCACAGUGGUUGGUGACACCGAUGUGGGAACACUCCCAGAGGAACCAGCAAUUACAGGACCUCAAAGGGAUGUUGCCUUCCUUAUUGAUGGCUCAGACAAUGUUCGAGCGGAUUUCCCAUACAUCAAGGAUUUUAUCAUUAAAGUAAUUCAGCCACUUGAUGUUGGAACUGACAAGGUACAAAUUUCAGUUGUUCAACACAGUGAAAGGCCGACACCAAGUUUCUACCUGAACUCUUACCAAAAAAAGAUGACGUAAUAAGAGCUGUAAAUGGAAUGACAGUCGCUGGAGGACGAGGUCUAAACACCGGAUCUGCCCUGAAAUUCAUGAAGGACACCAUCUUGUCUGAAAGCCAUGGCAGUCGAGCUGCACAAAAUGUUCCCCAGUUUCUGAUCGUGUUAACUGGAGGCAGGUCAAGAGAUAAUGUGAAGGAACCUGCUGGUGCACUGAAGACAAAGGGUG